UCCUCCCCCUCUCCUCCCCCUCUCCUCCUCCAGGGGAAGCGCGCUCUGCCAGAGCAGGCGGAGUCGGAAACGCGCAGCAGCGUCGGUCCGUCGUGUCUGCGGCUCCGCGGAUUCUCUCGCCUCCCUCUCGGCUGUCGGAUCCUCCGGGGAACGGCUUCUUCUUCCAGCCCGCGGGAAAGCGGCGGAUCUUCGGCCUCACGGACGGACGGACCCGGCGGGCAGCGCGGCGGGGACAUACCCGGCUCGGCUCGGCUCGCUUCCUCCUCCUCCCCCGGUGCGGUGGAAAAACCCGGACGGAGGCCCGCAGUGUGCGCUCAGCCUCCCGCAGGCCUCCGGCCCGGACUCCCGCUUUUCUCCCGGAAAAUGGACGGAUUCACCGGCAGUUUAGAUGACAGUAUGUCCGGAGCGAGUGUCUCAGAUGUCAACGAUCGUCUCUCUGCUCUGGAGCUCCGUGUCCAGCAGCAGGAGGAUGAGUUGACGGUAAUGAAAGCUGCUCUCGCCGACGUCCUGCGGCGUCUCGCUGCCACUGAAGACUCCGCUGCCUCCACGACCAAAAAACAGCAAGGAGGGAAAGGUGGUGCUGCUCUGCGUGAAGCCUACUCGAUGUCCUGUAUCGCUAACGGGGGAACAUCUGGACGAAAGAGAGACUCCACAUCUGUCACCAGGAAGGAGACGUUGUCAUCCGCCGCCAAGAGUGGAGCAGACAGGAAAAAGGAGGUCAGCAGCCAGCGGUCUCAGAUGGAGGAGAUCCGGGAGCGUGAGGAACCACCUCACCCAAAGGACUCGUCCCCCUCUCCCUCCUCCCCCCACCCUCCCCAGACCUCUCAGACCCCCCAGCCACAGAGACCGACCCAGUCCGCAGACAGCAGUAAAGGCCACGCCCCUCCGAAAAGGGGACCCAGUGUGAAGCGGUCCUCAGGUAUGGAGCGUUCUCAGAGCAGCACCUGGGAGAGUUCAGAGGAAAACAGGAACAAACUGGUGAAAGCUGCAUCCACCUCCAAGCUGCUGGCCAAGGUGGUCAAGAACGCUGAGAGGCACAAAGACCCAGUGGUCAGUCAAGCCAAAAUGUCGACCCGAGAGAAAAACAGCCAAGCUGAGGGGAACCUCAUCAAGAUGUUCAUGCGUGGUCGACCAAUCACCAUGUUCAUCCCGUCAGACGUGGAGAGCUACGUCGACGUUCGGACAGAACUUCCUCCAGAGAGACUGAAGCUGGAGUGGGUGUACGGUUACCGUGGCCGCGACUGCAGAGCGAACGUCUACCUCCUUCCAACUGGAGAGAUUGUUUACUUCAUCGCCUCCGUCGUGGUUCUGUUCAACUACGAGGAGCGGACUCAGAGACAUUACCUCGGACACACCGACUGUGUCAAGUGUCUGGCCAUCCAUCCUGAUAAGAUCCGGAUCGCUACGGGACAGAUCGCCGGCGUGGACAAAGACGGACGGGCGCUGCAGCCUCACGUUCGUAUCUGGGACAGCGUCAGUCUGUCGACUCUGCAGGUCAUCGGUUUGGGAACGUUCGAGCGAGGCGUCGGCUCCCUGGCUUUCUCCAAAGCUGACUCUGGUCAGCACCUCAGUGUGAUUGACGACUGUAACGAUCACAUGUUGACAGUUUGGGAUUGGCAGAAGAAAUCAAAGAUCGCUGAAAUCAAGACCACUAACGAGGUGGUCCUGGCCGUGGAGUUCCACCCCACCGACCCGAACACCAUCGUCACCUGCGGAAAGUCCCACAUCUUCUUCUGGACCUGGACCGGGACCUCACUGGCUCGUAAACAGGGAAUCUUUGGGAAAUACGAGAAGCCGAAGUUCAUCCAGUGUCUGGCCUUCCUGAGCACUGGAGACAUCCUGACCGGAGACUCUGGAGGAAUCCUGCUGGUCUGGACCAGGAGCUCCGCUGAGACACCCACUGGGAAGGGACCCAGAGCGUUUCAGAUCAGUCGGCAGGUCAAAGGUCAUGAGGGCAGUGUUUUCUGUAUGUGUGAGAUGAGGAGCGGCACUCUGCUGACCGGAGGAGGGAAAGACCGGAAAAUUAUCCUGUGGGACCACGAGCUGAGAGCUGACCGAGACAUCGAGGUACCGGAUCAGUACGGAACCAUCAGAGCGGUGUCCGAGGGGAAGGGGGAAGAGUUUCUGGUCGGGACGUCUCGUAACUUCAUCUUGAGAGGAACCUUCAACGACGGCUUCCUCGUGGAGGUCCAGGGUCACACAGACGAGCUGUGGGGGCUGGCGUCUCACCCGUCCAGAGGGAUGUUCCUGACGUGCGCUCAGGACCGGCUGGUCUGCCUCUGGAACUCGGUGGAUCACAGUCUGCAGUGGAGCCGCUCGGUCGAGGAACAUGGACACUGUGCAGACUUCCAUCCCAGUGGAGCUGUGGUCGCCAUAGGAACGCACUCGGGAAAGUGGUACGUUCUGGAUGCGGAGACCACAGACCUGGUGGCGAUCCACACUGACGGUAACGAGCAGCUGUCAGUGAUGCGUUUCUCUGUAGAUGGAAGUCUGCUGGCUGUUGGAUCUCAUGAUAACUUCAUAUACCUCUACACUGUCUCAGAGAGAGGACGAAAGUACAGCCGCUACGGGAAGUGCACAGGACAUUCCAGCUACAUCACACACCUGGACUGGUCACCUGACAACAACUUCAUCAUGUCCAACUCUGGAGACUACGAGAUCCUCUACUGGGACGUUCCGAACGGCUGUAAACUGAUCAGAAACCGUUCAGAGUGUAAAGACAUCGACUGGGCGACGUACACCUGCGUACUGGGAUACCACGUAUUUGGUGUGUGGCCGGAGGGUUCAGACGGCACCGACAUCAACGCUCUGAUCAGAUCUCACAACAGGAAGGUGAUCGCUCUGGCUGACGACUUCUGUAAAGUUCACCUGUUUGCCUACCCAUGCUCCACGCCCAAGGCUCCGAGCCAUAAGUACAGCGCCCACAGCAGUCAUGUGACCAAUGUCAGCUUCCUGUAUAACGACAGUCACCUGGUCUCGACGGGGGGGAAGGACACCAGCAUCAUGCAGUGGCGUUUGGUGGAGAAAUCUUCGCUCUCUCUCACCGACGGCCUCCUCUCUAACUCCGCCCCCCGCCGAGCGGACCCCACCUUCCACCCAGCCCCUCCCACCGUAGCCACGCCCGCACAGGAACCCGUCCCUCCCCCGACAGCCAACGGGACCCAAGAGGAACCCUCUCCAGAAACUCCGCCCCCACUAGAGCUAGCCCCGCCAGCCUCUGAGUUAACCCCGCCCCACUCAGAGUCGACUCCGCCCCCCUCGGACAGCACAGUGAGCCUGAAGGACAGCCUGGAGCCGAGCGACGACACGGCCACACCCAGUGAUGAGGGGCUGCCCCCCCUCACGCCCCCCUCAUAGACAGAGAGUCCCUGUGUGUGUGAGUGUUGUGGUACAGCUAUCUUUGUGAGGACCAGGCUGAGCUACACACCUUCUGAGGACAACUUCAGAAGGUGUGUAGCAACUUCAUCAUAGCUAUUUAUAAGAGGAUAUUUUUACAAGGUGGGGACAUUUUCCUCACUUUGUAUCAGACAUGUCAAAUGGGCCUCAGUAAGGGUUAACACAAACAUAUAUGAACAGACAGAUGAUUCAGUGUGACCUCACUUCCUGAGGAUAUCAUUAUUUCUAAUGUCCCUCCAGAAUAAAAGUCCACAAUCCAGUUAGAGAGAGAAAAAAAAAAGAGGCUGCAGAAGUUCAUUCAGAAUCCUUCUGUUUUUAAGUUUCCUUCAGUAUCACAGUGAUCCAGACAGUUGUCUGAACACCCAUGAUGCAUUGCAAACAUCAGCUGAGCUCAGCUGAUUCGGCUGCUGUUAAUGGGGCAGUUUGCCAGUGGUUAUAGUGUAACGUUAGUGUUGGUGGGGGGGGGGGGGG